UUACUUAACUCGGACUGAAACAUUGUCAAAUAAAAUGCUAUGGAAAGCAAAAUUUUUGAGCUGGUUUGUAAUAAUGGGUAGUAUUGAAAAUUCUUCGACUGACGAUGCAGGAAUAACAUUUACUUUUAAAGAAUAUCAAUAUAAAGAUUCACCUAAAAAUGAAAUGACAUUUCACGAAUUCGAAUCCGCUUGUGAACAAAGUAGUGCCUGUAGCCAAUUAAGCGGCUUGGCGCGAACUCGAUGCGUACGGGAAUGUGUGUCUCCAUCUUGUUACAGAGAGCUGUAUUUAUCAGACCCGCUUGAGGAAGGUGAAAUAGAUGUGAGACUUAAUUCCUUCAAGGGAUGUUUUAUACAACGGAGCGGUCGGAUGAGAAACUGAUUUCCCUCAAAUGUGAUAUCGUCAUUCAUUCUGUGCGUGAAUAAAAUACACAAAAUUCGACGAAAAUUUAUGUUUAUGUUACUUUUACUGACUACAACAGCUUAUAAGAGGAAUGGAUUUUUCAAGUUUAUAUUGGCAAGAUAUCAUCAGAAUACCUUAUUGUAAAAUAUAUUUAAACCAUUUUUAGCGUUAUAAUAUUAACCUCUAUAUAUAUAUAUAUGGAUUAUUAGAUUGCACAACAAUAUUUUUCAGCAAAGCAACUUUAAAACCAAAUAACUCUCUAUCGGUCUCACAAAAGGUUAAAAAGUCACUUGACAUUUGUUAUUUAUUUUAUUUGCCUUGCUUAAUUUUUUACCACUUAAAACGUAAUUUAUCUUUAAUCUCAGUUAUUUUAGAAUUUUUGAAAGGCAAAAUUGAUUAUUACAUUCUGAAAAUAUAAUUUACGUGUGAUCAAUAUCAGAUAUUGCUUUAACUAAUUAUUAAUUUUUAUAUUAGUAAAGAUUUAAAAAAGUGCUCGAUUGUAAGACCGAUACAUUAAUAUCUUUAAUGUUUACAUAUAUAUAUAUCUUCAAUAUACUAUUCAUCGUAAUAUUUAAAAUAUUUUAUAACUACCGUGUGACUUAAAUUUUAAUAUAAUGUCAAAUAUAUGUAUUAACUUAUGUAUAAAACAAGAAUAUCCGUACUGUUAGAUUUUAUGUCGUAAAUUUUUAAUCCUUAUAUGAAAAUAAACAACAACGCUUUAA